AUGGAGGCGGGCUGGCUGGCGUGGGGGCUGCCGGCGGCGCUGCUGCUGGCGCUGCUGGUGCAGCUGAGCCCCCGGCUGCGGUUCCGGGCCAAGGUGCUGUCGUACUGCGCGCUGUGCCUGCUGGCCUCCGCCCUCACGGCCCCCGUCUGCCUGCUCUGCAACGGCGGCCGCACCGUCGACAACAUGAGGAUCAUCAAGAAUGUUGUCAGGAGCUUCAAAUACUUCUACGGCCUGCGGUUUGAGGUGAAGGGCCUGGAGCACUUCCAGAUGGAGGGCCCGUGUGUCAUUGUUUCCAACCACCAGAGUGUCUUGGAUAUGAUGGGUUUGAUGGAGAUCCUGCCAGACCGCUGCGUCCAGAUUGGCAAGCGAGAGCUGCUGUACUUUGGCUCUGUGGGCCUCAUCAUGUACCUGGGUGGGGUCAUCUUCAUCAACCGGAAGAGCACCAGCAACGCCAAGUCUGUGAUGUCCGGAGUUGGCCAAGCCAUGACCAAGGACAAUGUGAAAGUUUGGAUCUAUCCAGAAGGCACAAGAAACGGGAAUGGGGAUCUCUUGCCAUUCAAGAAGGGAGCGUUCCAUCUGGCCAUUCAGACACAGGUUCCAGUCAUUCCUGUGGUGUAUUCCUCCUUUACAACAUUUUACAACCCGGAGAAGAAUCUGUUUACGUCAGGCACAGUCCAGGUGGAAGUCCUGCCGCCCAUCCCCACCGAAGGCCUGACAGCCACGGACGUCACGGACCUCGGCGACAGGUGCUUCACCACCAUGAGGGAGACCUUCUUCAGGCUGUCAGGAACAGCCAGCAGAGUCAAUGGAUCCACACCCAGCCUUGCCCAGUAG